UUGGCUGCGCUGGUCGCCGAGCGAGCGGCUCGUCGAGGUUUUUUCCGAGCUUGUGUUUGCAAAGUUUUGCUGGCUUCAUCUACCGAUGGCCCGUGGCUGAACCUUGAAGUUCGGGGAAUGCAGAGAGCGUAAAUCCGCCGCAGUUGUUGCUUGGCCAUGGAGGAACGUCAUCACGCGAGCGAGCCCGAGACGUCUCCGGUGCGGCGUGCCCUCAGCGAUGAUUCGGCCGGCAGCUCGUUGCCGUCUCCGGCGGAGGACGGCGGCCACACUGGAAGCAUCCGAAAGGGAUGCGAGCCUUUUGCCCAAUCGCAACGCGGCCAGCUGCAGAACAGGCGAGCUCGCAUCAAUCAGCAAAUCAACAAAGAAAUGCGCAUGCGGGCUGGAGCCGAGAACCUGUUCAGGGCAACCACAAACGCCAAAGUCAAAGAGACGGUGGCUCUGGAACUCAGCUACGUGAACUCCAGUCUGCAGUUGCUCAAGGAAGAACUGGAAGAUCUGAACAGCAACGUGGAAGUCUACCAGACGGAGAGUGAAGCCGCCAAGGCGCCCAUGAUCCCGUUGGGCUUGAAAGAAACCAAGGAAGCCGACUUCAGCGCCCCCAUCCAGGACUUCAUCUGCCAGCACUACGGCGAGGACGGCUCGCUCUAUCGCCAGGAGAUCCGAGAGCUGAUGGACCUCAGGCAGGCCAUGCGCACUCCCACUCGCAACCAGACCGGGUUGGACUUACUGAUGGAAUACUACAACCAGCUGUACUACCUGGAUCAGCGCUUCUUUCCCCCGCACAGGAACCUGGGCGUGCUCUUCCACUGGUACGACUCGCUGACCGGCGUUCCCUCGUGUCAGCGUGCGUUAGCCUUUGAGAAGGCCAGCGUGUUGUUCAACCUCGGCGCUCUGUACACGCAAAUUGGAGCCCGCCAGGAUCGCACCACCGCCGCCGGCAUCCAGCGAGCUAUCCAUGCAUUUCAGAGAGCCGCAGGCGCCUUGAAUUAUCUGAAAGAGAAUUUCUCCAACGCUCCGAGUCUGGACAUGAGCGGGCCGGCGCUCUGCAUGCUGGUGCGCCUCAUGGUGGCCCAAGUGCAGGAGUGCGCCUUCGAAAGCCUGGCACUGCCACUGGGACCGGGCCACGCCGCCCCCACGUCUUGGCUGCGCCUGGCGCAAGAGGCCGCGCGGGUGUCGGACGUCUACCUGCUGGUGCAGCAGAGCAUGUCGCGGCCGCUGACGCAGGACUACGUUCCCUUUUCCUGGACGUCAGUGGUUCAGGUCAAGGUGGAACAUUUCCGCGCGCUUUGCCACCACUUUGCCGCCGUUGCGCUGUGCGGACGCGCGUUGUCCGAAGACGUCGGCGAGGAAGCGGAAAGGGCCUUUCUUCACUUUUAUGUGGGUGCGCGCGCGGGGCCGCCACUCGGCCGGCUUCUGAGAGACUCCCAGCAAAGACGAAAGUUGGGUAAAGCCCACCUGCGGCACGCGCUGAUGAGACACGAAGAAGCCAUGCGGCUGCACGGCGUGUGCAAGAGCUUCCGGAAGAUGGACGUCCUGCAGGACGUGCUGGCGGCGGCGCACAAGCGCUCGCUGGACAUGUACUCCGAGCUGGACCCGGAGGACGACUUUGACCCAACGCCCGAGGCGCCGGAGAUUCGCUCUCAAAGCCGGCCGAAGCCGGACGUCGCCCCGCCCGACUUUGCCGCCGUCCGGGUGGCGGAUAUCUUCCGCAGAUUGGUAAGCACCGAAGCCUUUGGACCACGGGCGCGGGCGGCCGCUUUCGAACGAUGCCGACUCUUGUGCUUUGUGUGUCGGAGGGGCCCUUGUCGGUGUUUAGCGGGCACGCCCGGCGGGGGCCGGCGCGUUGCGUGUGCCUGCCGAGAACGCAGGGCGGCCUCGGCCUCACGCUGCGAGGCGACUCGCCUGUCCUGGUGGCCGGCGUGGCGCCCGGAGGCUGCGCGGCGGAGGCGGGACUGCGGGAAGGCGACUACAUCGUGUCCGUCGACGGGCGGGACUGCAAGUGGGCGAAGCACGCCGAGGUGGUGGCCUUGCUUCAGAACCGCCACGUCGAAGGAGCUCGGGUCGCCGUGGUGGCGCUGCUCUCGCACGACGCUCAGGGCGAGAAAAGGCCGAGCGGCAAAGAGAACGCCGAGCGAAGGCCGACGUCUCGCUUGGCCAAAGGGCGCGGCCCGGCCUCAUUGCUCAACUGGAACGGGAAGAAGAGGGAAGGCGCCCGCGCUUGUCGGCGAGCGGGAAGCGCGCUCAAUUUGCCCUUCGGAGACGCGGAGGCCACGUACUGAGACGGACGCAGGACUGCGCAGGAGCCGCUCGGGGCCGCCCGGUUACGGUUCCCGAGCGAGAAUGGACGCCACAGAGAAAUGCCGGCGAGCACUUUGUACGCAUACGGUAUCUGAGCGCCAGUGCGGCGAAAACUCACGGCUGAAAGGAGGCCUCGAUGCUCUUUUGACCUUUGACCCGGAAUCAUGCUUUCAAAUCCACAGGGGGUCGCCCGGCCUGCAAACUGGCUUUAUCGUGCUCUUUCCCAUUUGAUCUCCAAUGUACAAGAAGUCAAGCCCCAAAGCAAAGGCUCUUAACAUGUCCGUCCGAAUACGUUGACUUGUCGCCGCGAGAACAGCAAACUACUUCCAAGACGGCCUUACGGCCUCGACCGUUUCCGUGCUUGUCCAUAACUUUCUCGUCUCGGACGACCCCUUCGCGUCCUGUGUUGUCAAAGUGUUUGCUGUGGUACGCCCCACCCCUCCCCUCCCCCCCAUGUCGCCAAUGAAAAAAAAACAUUGGGGGCGCAAAAGGACCCUUCAAUGACUUUUGGUUCCAAAU